CGCAAAGUCCCGCGAUGUUUCCAUUUGUGCGCUUUGUGGGUAGUACUAGUCCCAUGUUACUAGCCUGGAAACUCUAGCAUGGCAGCUACUAAAGCAUCCAAAGAGCAGAAAUAUGACAGGCAGCUGAGACUGUGGGGAGACCAUGGACAGGAGGUUCUGGAGAACGCCCACGUCUGUCUCAUCAACGCCACCGCAUCAGGGACAGAGAUCCUUAAAAACCUUGUACUUCCAGGCAUAGGAGCUUUUACCAUCAUUGACGGCCACACAGUCUUAGGAGAAGAUGUGGGAAACAACUUUUUCCUCAGCCAAAACAGCAUAGGAAGGAACCGGGCCCAGGCUGCUACUGAGCUGCUCCAGGAGCUGAAUAGUGAUGUCUCUGGAAACUUUGUUGAGGAAAGUGCAGACCAGCUGUUGGACAAUGACCCCGAGUUCUUCCACAGGUUCUCCAUCGUUAUUGGGGUUCAGCUUUCAGAAAGCACGCGCCUGAGGCUCGGCUCGGUUCUGUGGGCCGUUGGCGUUCCCUUCCUGGUCUGUUGGACCUAUGGCCUCAUGGGCUACAUGAGGCUUGUGGUGAAGGAGCAUACAGUCAUAGAGUCUCACCCAGACAAUGCCCUGGAAGAUCUCCGGUUGGACCGGCCCUUCUCUGAGCUCACCGACCACAUCCAGUCGUACCAGCUGGACAGCAUGGACAAGAAGGAUCACAGUCACACCCCCUGGAUUGUCAUCAUUGCCAAGUUCCUGGAGACGUGGCUCACAGAGCAUGAAGGUCAGCCACCCAAAAACUACAAGGAGAAGGAAGCCUUCAGACAAAUGAUCCGAGAAGGAAUCUUGAAGAAGGAGAAUGGUGUUCGAGAGGAUGAGGAGAACUUUGAAGAGGCUGUCAAGAACGUCAACACGGCUUUAAACCCAACCAAGGUUCCCAGCUCGGUGGAGGAUCUAUUCAACAGCGAACAAUGUACCAACAUCACAUCCCAGAGCGCAGCCUUCUGGGUGAUGCUCAGGGCCGUGAAGGAGUUUGUCCUGCAUGAAGGCAAGGGAUGCCUUCCCGCUCGAGGCACCAUCCCAGAUAUGAUCUCAGACUCCCAGAGGUUCAUCAACCUGCAAAAUGUGUACCGGGACAAAGCCCUGCAGGACGCUGCAGCUGUGGCCAAACAUGUGGAGUCCCUCCUGCAGACUACUGGCAAGACCCCCGAGAGCGUGUCAGAGAAGGACAUCAAACUGUUUUGUAAGAACGCUGCCUUCCUGAGAGUGUUACAUUGCAGGUCUCUGGCUGAGGAAUACGCGGUGGAAUCUGUGAACAAAGAUGAAAUCACCUCCUGUAUGGACAGCCCAGACAGUGAGAUGGUCCUCUACCUGAUGCUGCGCUCCGUCGACCGCUUCUACCACCAGCACUCCCGCUACCCCGGGGUGUAUAACUACCAAGUGGAGGAGGACAUCAGUAAGCUGAAGUUGUGUGUGACCUCCCUUCUCCAGGAAUACAACCUCAACGUCAGCAUCAAAGACGAUUACAUCCAUGAGUUCUGUCGCUAUGGUGCUGCUGAACCUCACACAGUCGCUGCUUUUCUGGGCGGGGCGGCGGCCCAGGAAGUGAUCAAGAUGGUCAGCCAUCAGUUUGUCCCAUUCAACAACACGUUCAUCUACAACGCCAUGUCCCAGACCUCGGCCACCUACCAGCUGUAGACGCUUCCACCGUCUGCUGGGAAAAACAGUCCACAGCUAGUGGAGCUCUAUGUGUUGACCAGGGAGGGCUCCACGCUAGCUGCUAAUGUUGACCCUGUAACGUAAUGGUGAACGUGUUUUCACAAGAUCCAGCUGUUCAUCUCGCUUUAUUUUGAUGUUUAUUAUUCAGAAACGGAAGGUCUUUGCCCCUAUCAUCGAAGGAGAUACUGCAACUAAUCUGUUAUUAAACCAGCAGACAUAGUGUAGACCUACAGCCUAGACCACAACAAUGUUUGAGAAAGCACUUCUCUCCAACUUUGCAGGUUAGUCUCUACAUAAACAUGCACUUGUGGUUGUGAACGUUAAAUAAACUAACUUCUUUAAGUAUGAA